UCCAACAGACCAACACUAGAAGGGGGGGGGGAGGGAAUGAAGAUCAUACACGCAUCUCACUUUUCUUCUUUCUGUGCAGUGCCCGCAGUAGUAAGCACGUUCUAAGAAAGGCAGGGCUGUCGAAGGGGGAUGGAUCAAUGGAUCGGUGGUUCUGGUGGUGGUCACUUCUGGCGCUGGUGCCCAUUCUCGAAAGGGGGGCUGGCUUCGCACGCUUCGCUGUCUGGUUUCCGCGAUGGGUCUGCAAACAUGAUUGGACGGUGAAGCAACCUGGGAAAAGAUGUGGGAAACGGUCAUCGUUCGCCCUGUUUUCGGUGGUGCGGGUGGUAUGGGUGAGUUGCGUCGAGGUGGUCCGUUCCAUCCUCCCCUUCCAAGUCUUGUCUUAUCCCCCAGUCUCUCCAAUCAUGACCCCUGUCCUUACAAGUCACUGCCGUAGUGUAGUAUGGGUAGUGUUAUUCUUUUUUUUUCCUUUUCUUAAUUGUUCUGGGGACCGCAGGCUGGCCCUACCGUGAGCCUUGAGGGCGGAGGUUGAUGCCCUCUUUGGGUUUAGAGUGUACAAAGAGGGUUUGGGGUGAGACGAUUAUAGGCCGUGGUGAGCCCUGCCAAUAUUUUUAUCUUAUUAUUUCCUUUUCCAUGGAGCAAGAGUGUGACGGUGCCUACUGCCCAGUGCCAACCUAGGGAUUUCUUU